AUGAACCCUCCUUCGGGGCCAAGAGUCCCGCCGAGCCCAACCCAAGAGCCCAGCUGCAUGGCCACCCCAGCACCACCCAGCUGGUGGGACAGCUCCCAGAGCAGCAUCUCCAGCCUGGGCCGGCUUCCAUCCAUCAGUCCCACAGCACCUGGGACUUGGGCUGCUGCCUGGGUCCCCCUCCCCACGGUUGAUGUUCCAGACCAUGCCCACUAUACCCUGGGCACAGUGAUCUUGCUGGUGGGACUCACGGGGAUGCUGGGCAACCUGACGGUCAUCUAUACCUUCUGCAGGAGCAGAAGCCUCCGGACACCUGCCAACAUGUUCAUUAUCAACCUCGCGGUCAGCGACUUCCUCAUGUCCUUCACCCAGGCCCCUGUCUUCUUCACCAGUAGCCUCUAUAAGCAGUGGCUCUUUGGGGAGACAGGCUGCGAGUUCUAUGCCUUCUGUGGAGCUCUCUUUGGCAUUUCCUCCAUGAUCACCCUGACGGCCAUCGCCCUGGACCGCUACCUGGUAAUCACACGCCCGCUGGCCACCUUUGGUGUGGCAUCCAAGAGGCGUGCGGCAUUUGUCCUGCUGGGCGUUUGGCUCUAUGCCCUGGCCUGGAGUCUGCCACCCUUCUUCGGCUGGAGCGCCUACGUGCCCGAGGGGUUGCUGACAUCCUGCUCCUGGGACUACAUGAGCUUCACGCCGGCCGUGCGUGCCUACACCAUGCUUCUCUGCUGCUUCGUGUUCUUCCUCCCUCUGCUUAUCAUCAUCUACUGCUACAUCUUCAUCUUCAGGGCCAUCCGGGAGACAGGACGGGCUCUCCAGACCUUCGGGGCCUGCAAGGGCAAUGGCGAGUCCCUGUGGCAGCGGCAGCGGCUGCAGAGCGAGUGCAAGAUGGCCAAGAUCAUGCUGCUGGUCAUCCUCCUCUUCGUGCUCUCCUGGGCUCCCUAUUCCGCUGUGGCCCUGGUGGCCUUUGCUGGGUACGCACACGUCCUGACACCCUACAUGAGCUCGGUGCCAGCCGUCAUCGCCAAGGCCUCUGCAAUCCACAACCCCAUCAUUUAUGCCAUCACCCACCCCAAGUACAGGGUGGCCAUUGCCCAGCACCUGCCCUGCCUGGGGGUGCUACUGGGUGUAUCACGCCGGCACAGUCGCCCCUACCCCAGCUACCGCUCCACCCACCGCUCCACGCUGAUCAGCCACACCUCCAACCUCAGCUGGAUCUCCAUACGGAGGCGCCAGGAGUCCCUGGGCUCGGAGAGUGAGGUGGGCUGGACACACAUGGAGGCAGCAGCUGUGUGGGGAGCUGCCCAGCAAGCAAAUGGGCGGUCCCUCUACGGUCAGGGUCUGGAGGACUUGGAAGCCAAGGCACCCCCCAGACCCCAGGGACACGAAGCAGAGACUCCAGGGAAGGUGACUGGGCCCGGUACCAGCCAAUCCACAAAGGGGUGGGGGUUAGGGGCCAGUAGCCCAAGGAGAGGCCAGGAAAGAGAGACUUGUUCUCAUGGGCAGGGGCGAUAUCCUCCAGGAAUCACCUGCUCCCAGCACCUCCCAGCUUUUCCUUGUCCGCCUGGGGUUCUCUGUGACUCUGAGAUGCUCUGAGCAGAGCCUGCAUAUGGUCUGCACAUGUGUGUGUGUGUGUGUGAUCAUGCAACUCUGACUCUGCAUGGUGCUGUUGGCUGUGCUGUGGCAUGAUAAGAGUACAUGUGUGUGUUGAUGAGGGUAGGAGGUCUGCAGCCGGCAGAGCAUAGCUUGAGCAUGUGUGUGGCCAUGUGCCCAGCACAUGCUCCAUCACUGUAGCACCUGGCACAUGCUCUGUCACUGUAACACCCAGUGACACGUGACUAAG